UGAAAAUGAGCAAAAACACUCAAAAACUCUUCCCACUCGACGGCGGGAACACUCGGGUCAGCAACAGCUGCGUUUCGCAGAGAGAACGAGAGAUAAUAUUGCUGCCUCUCUAUUAUAAUCUGAGAAAGCACUCAGCUCAAGAGACGAUCCUUUAGUGAUGAUGCUGUUGCACCUUUUCGAGGGGCAGGCAGGUAGUAACGCAGGUGGGAUCCCUAGGCCCUGAUACCUAUAAAUAGCCUGAACGGAACGGGGAAGGGCAUCAGAACGGAGCCAGCGCUGAAGCAAGGACCAUCGUCUCACACUAACGUUAUUCCAUCUCUAAAAAUGGCUUUGGGCAGCGAAAAUCAGUCUCUUUUCUACGACGACGAGGAGUCAUCUUCUCCCGUCAAUGGACCCUCUGUUAUCCGGCGAAAUGCCCGGGAACGCAACCGCGUAAAGCAGGUCAACAACGGCUUCAGCCAACUACGACAACAUAUUCCUGCGGCCGUAAUUGCCGAUUUGAGCAACGGUCGCCGGGGAAUUGGUCCAGGUGCCAAUAAAAAACUGAGCAAAGUUAGCACACUGAAGAUGGCAGUAGAGUACAUACGGCGCUUGCAGAAAGUUCUUCAUGAAAACGACCAGCAGAAGCAGAAACAGAUGCACAUGCAGCAGCAGCAUUUGCACUUUCAGCAGCAGCAACAGCAUCAACACUUUUACGCCUGGCAGCAGCAGUCGCAGCUGCAAUCCCCCACUGGCAGCAUAAGUUCCUGCAAUAGCAGCAGCUCCUAUUGCGAGCCAGCAACAUCGACGAUUCCAGGAGCAACACCUCCUACCAAUUUGUAUACCAAGUUGGAAGCCAGUUAUGAAGACUACCGUAACAAUUCCUGCAGUUCUGGUACUGAAGAUGAGGACAUCCUCGACUACAUAUCACUGUGGCAGGACGACCUGUAAAAACCGCAGACACAAAAUCUUCAGCAAUUGCUAGUCGCACCCAACCAUCACACACAUCGAACCAUUGAUUGGCCAACAAGUAUUACCUCAGCCACACCACAAAGUAUUUAUACUCCCUAGAACUACCUUCUUGCCUUAAAAAUUAGUGUUUAAGAUUUUAUAUAGUUUUUAAGACUAGUUUCUAAAUGGAAGACAAUUUACAAUUAAGAAUUUUUUUUUAACAUACAUGGAGGACAUUAAAC